AUGCGAUCCAGUAUAGCUUGCGCCCGAUGUCGUCGGAGCAAGAUCAAAUGCGUCAACGCUGGUAUCGAUACUACCUGUCGCGCCUGUGAAUCCUCCGGUCGAGAUUGCGUCUAUCCUGCCCCGGCUAUCAGCAUUGGUGGUGCUGCUGCGACCAAGCGAGACCAUGGUACUUUGUUGGAGGGAGAGAUCAAUGGUGACCCGGAUGGUCCGAAACGACAGCGUCCGCGAAAAUCGGUUUCGUCAGCCGUCAAAGAUGCCUCGAAAUCCGCUCUUGAUGCCCUAGAUUCGUCGAUUUUGACCGUCAAGGUCUGGGAGGCUGUGUUCGAUCUCUUCCAAUCACACUAUGCGACUCUUCUUCCGUUCCUUCAUCCGGCUACGUUUUUGGGGCAGAUUCGGCAAUUGUCACAUCAUUCGCAGACUUCACCCCUUUCGAACAGUACGCCGCAGGAUGGUAAUCGAGAUCACUCGCAAAGUCCUCCGCUUCCGAAACCCGAAUUGAACCCGCUGAUACCACUCGGGGUGCUGGCUUUGACGGCUCGGUUUCACCCUCAGUUGGUCGUCUACCAUUCCCCAUCGUCUGCUGGGAAUCCGUCCAAUCCUUUUGUCGCUUCCGAAUUAUACGCAAAUGCGCUGCGCAGCCGGCUGGCCGGUCCCGAUGGCGUCAAUCUUGCCGCUCCCGAUCUUACCCGCGUGCAAGCGUUGUUGAUGCUUGCCCUACACGAGUGGAGCAUGUGCCGGGGAAAGAGUGCGUGGUUGUACGUGGGCAUGGCAAUCCGUAUGUCACAGGCCAUGGGGCUACCGUUUGAACUCGAAAACGAACUCCCUGCACGCGACGGCCCGCGCUCCCCCGGCGGCUUCAGAACCGACCCCAAGGAACAAACAUCGGACGACGUCAUUGCCCAGGAGACGAAGCGCCGCACGUUCUGGGCAUGCUUUACUCUAGACCGUUGCCUGAGUAGCGGUAAGUACCGGCCUCGCAUGAUCCGGGCCAAGAAGCUCGGAAUCCAGCUUCCGAGUGACAACGCAUUCGCUUUCGGCGAGCGUGUUCGGACAUCCCGACUCAACGAGCCUGUCAUGCGACGACCCCAAAGCUUUGGUGCCCAAGGCGUGCAGAUCCCUAGUAUCCGUCAGAGUCUGGGGGGAUUGGGCGAUGAGAAGCUGCAGACCAACGGCGCUUCGGACGCUAUGGCGUGGUCGCCAAUUUCGCGGAGGAAGGAUUCCACUGAGGAGGAAAUUGACCGAUGGGAGAUUGGCGCCGAAGAGUCGGUUUUGAGCCGGGUUAUUCGGAUUACUCGUGUCUGGGGGAGUAUUGCCAAGUGGUCGUGUUCGGGACGACGGGCGGAGCAAUAUCCUCCAUGGCAUCCUGAUUCGCGGUUUGCGAAGCUGCGUCUGAUGCUGAAUGAGUUUCAGGACAGUCUUUCACGGAAUCUACAAUAUUCCCCGCGAAAUACGGAUACCCAUAUCAUGUACAAGAAUACCCUGGCAUCAUAUAUGGUGAUGCACGUGGUUUUCUUCCUCUCGGUUAUUGUACUACACAGGGCCAACCUGCCCUUCCUCCCGAUGCGGUGCAAUGAGCCGGUCGGGCCGCUUGAUGAACCGCCCUUCUCUGAAAAGACCGGUACACCUGAUAGCUUCUUCCGAGAUAGUGCUCGGGAAUUGUUCAAGGCAGGUCGACAAAUGAUGGAUCUCGUCUUGACUUGCGCGGAACGUGGAAUGCUUGUGGAAAAUCCGUUGGUGGGUUUUGCUGUCUACAAUGCGGCUUUGCUUGGUAUCUACGCGGCACACUUUCCACACAUGGACCCUGAAGGUAUGCUUGGGCCGAAGCCCGGUGCUGCUGUUUCCGAUCACCAGGGCCAGGUGCAGGCGCGCAAGGGUCUUGAUAUCCUGCGUGAGAUGCGGUUGCGUUUGAAGAUGGCUCGUGGAUGGUUCCGGGCUGUGCAUCGAAUGCAUAGCUAUUUCACCAAGGUGAAGAAGGACAUGCGUCGGUUGUCUCGAAGCAAGUACGAUGUGCUUUCUGACGCGAUGGAGGCGCAGACCAACGGCACUCGUGGGGGCGAGGACUUCAGGCUUCUCGAGAAGGUGCUCGCUGAUUUCGGUAGCGUUGAGGACCGUUUGCCUGAUGAGGAUGAUGGCACCAUCAACAAUAUCGCCGCCGCCAGUGACCGGGCAACCAACGCUAGUGAUACCGGCAGCAAUGCAGCAGUCCGGAGUCCAACAGGCGAGACCUUGAUGACGGAUAUGCCUCUCGAUGGGGCUAGCGGGCGUCGCGAAUCGUGGAUUCCAAUCAACAACAGUCCUCUGCCGCUACCAGUCUCGGAUAAAGAACGUCGUCCUAGUCUUCCUUUGCCACCCGGUCGUCCUCUCCAAUCGCAAUCUCCUUACUCCCUGCCAUCACUGCAACACCACCCUCACCAUCACCACCCUACUCCAGACGGGCCUAUCUUUAACACUACAUCCUCGAACCUCCCAUCUCUGGGGCCUGCUGUGCAAUCGCCACCUCAACAAUACACCCCCGGUCCUCCGGGUCCGGGUAACCGACUGCAGCCUUUGAACUCGUGGCUUCCGUCGCGGCAAGCCCCGUAUUCUCAGUCAUUGCCUCCGAUCAACGCAGCCGCCCCGCAUAGCCUUCCUUUGCUCCCUCCGCCGGGGUCAGUCAACCAUCCCACCGCAACAGCCGCUGCCGCAGCAUCGCCCCCGAUGACCGUCGACGGCGCCGAUGGUGUACCAAGCAGUCUUCCAUCGACGAACCUCGGCGGUGACGACGUCCUUGCUUUCCUAGAAGGCUGCGAUAGCGACCAGUGGCCGGUGACCAUGCAGUCUGAGGGCUCUGGAUGGCUCAGCACCAUCUGGGCUGAUCUAAAGUGA